AUUCUUCCUAACUAGUUCAAGACUUUAAAUAUAUUAAAAUAUUUAGGAAAUUUAAAAAAAUCUACUGUUAAUAUUAAAAAGGUAUAUGGCUAAUGUAUUGGAUAACUUUUGCUAUGUUCACUUCUGCAGAAACAAUAACAGACAUAUUUAUUGGCCCUUGUUCCGAUCAUCCAGUAUUGGACUUGCAUGGUGUCCAUUUUAUAAUGAAUUGAAGCUUUUGUUCUUGUACAUGACAUAUCCAACUUCAGAUAGUUCUUUAACUUAUGUGUAUAAAAACAUAAUAAGUCCUUUUUUAAAAAAACAUGAAAAGGAUAUAGAUUCUCAAAUAAAUAAUUUUAAAAGAGGUGGUUUGCAAACAUUGAUGGCAACUGGAAAAAAAUUUACAAAUAUUUUAUUAAACUUUGUGAUAAAAGGUUUUCAAUUAUAUGGAAUGCAAGUUGUUACAUUACAAAAUAUUAAUACUAUGGUUGAAAAUAGUGAACCAGAUGGUGAAAUUAACUGGGAAGAAGUCAUUAAUGAUUCUGAAGAUGACAUAAGUUCUUCAGAAUCAUUAGUACGAGAAGGCUCUCCAACUUAUUCUUUUUCAGAUAUGUAUAAUUCCAACGAGACAAAUGAUAAUAAAGUAACUUAUGACCCUCCAGCUUCAAAUACGCGAAGAAGAAGAAAGAAACCUUAGAAAAUAGUUACAUUUUUUUUCAUUUUUUUUCCCAAGAUUUAUAAUAUUAUAUAAUUGUUAUAUUUGAUCUCUGUACUUUAAAAAAAAAAAAAAGAUUUAUUUUUAUAUUUACAUUUUAUUUUGAUGUACAAAUGGUUAUACUCUUGUAAAGGUUAAAGGUGACAUUUAACAUUUUUAUCGUAAUAUAUACAUAAUUUAAUAACAACUUCAUUCUGUUUAUGUUUGCAAUAAUGAGCGUCACUAGAUUCCAAAUUUUGGGGUAGCAAAGUUUAUUUUUAGAAAAAGAAUAAAUAAUUUUUAUAGGUUUAAUAUAAUAACUAGCUAACCUUUUUUUUCAUAAAUCUUGGUAUGAUGUAUAGUCUAUACCAGCGGUUACCAACCUUUUUAGUAGUGCGGACCACCAAUUUCGUAGAAAAUGUUUGAGGCCCACCAAUAGUUGUAUAUGUAUAAUAUGCACAUACGUCAGUUAUUACAAUUUAUUUAUUAAAAAACAAUUGUUUAUCAAAAAAUAGAAC